GCCCGGUGGCUGAAUCGACUCAGACAACAUAUCCCGAGAGAGCCAUGUUUCUGUGAAACAGAGAAUGUUACAAUCUUUGAUGUCUCUCUGGAAGGCAACCCUUGCUCUAAUUUCGUCUACCCUUGUUGUCAAGAGACUGGACAUUGGCGAGUAGUAUACUCGGAAGCGAUGGGCGGUGUGCACGCCUACGGAGCCUGACCAGGAGGCUCCGUCUGCGGCGAUGUUGUUUUGCCUCGGCUUCUGGGAUUAGAUCCACUGUCCCGGGUUGGGGUCCGAACAAAGGAUCCGCUUCAGGAAAGUCGUAUUUCAGGUCAUAAUGUAGGAAAAUUGACAUUGUUUUCUGGGCUAACAAUGUAAGAAAUAAUACUUAAAAAAUAAAAAUAAAGUUUUCAAAGGACUCAAAGUGAGGCAAACAUCUCUGUCAGCGCCAUCUUGCAGUCGGUAAUCACAAAACAACCUCACAAAAACUGUCUUGUAUUGUCUGGAGUUUGCUGCCUGGAACAGUCUCACCAAAGUUGUCCAUGUUGUAGCCUCAUUACUGGCUAAAUUAACACGCACCACCCGGCCCUAGAAUUUCCUAAUUUCCUCAAGUGAAAGAACACAAUGUUCUCCUCAGGCUAAUGCUUGACCAUUACAUAAUUAAUUCCCAAUUUUUCUCUUAACUGUUUUAUUUCUUAUUUCCUGCCCUGGUUGUCAAAUCUUUCCCCCAGCACACAGUAGAUCUAGGCUAUAAUAGCAGGAACAUUUGUAUAUGAAUGUUUGAUAUUCAAUGAAAGUAGUGUGUGUGCGUGCGUGUGCGUGUAUGAAAUAGACGUUUGCUAAACAUGUACAAUUCUCGUGAUCAGUAUAGCAUAUCACUCAAAGACAUCUUUUCAGUCUCUCUUCCAUUCUUAUCAAAUAAAUGUGACUUUGAUUAGAUUAUUGUGUGGGUGCAGCAUGGAGUAGCCUAAUUUCAUUAUGCCUAUGAGUGCAAAAAAAACAUAGCAAGGUAUGACAAGCAUUCCUCCUUUCCUCCUUUUAUCUUCGAUGGAUUUACUCAAAAUAAUGAGCCUUUCGCCGUGAGAGGGGUUUAAAAAACGCUUUACCGGAUCCUGCAAAAACUUCGACCUAAUUCUGAUUGGACCAUAUGCGAUUUUUCGCCCCUCUCUCAGGCUUUGACGGGCGGUUACGGAUUUUCUCGAAUUUACACGAAAGUUUAGUGAAGAUGAAGAAAUGGAUUUUGUUAAACUGCUCGGGACUGUUCUCGCCGUUUUCUGCCACUUAGGAUUCACCCAAUUUGAACACAAUGGCCAGAGGAUCUGCCUGCGUGGCACAGAGCGACCCUGCUACAGGAUCAACUACUUCCAGGACCCACGGCGGAGGGUGACCUUCGAUGAUGCCAGGCAGGCCUGCAGGACGGAUGGGGCAGAGCUCCUCAGUAUCGAGACUGACAAUGAGCAGCGUCUGGUCGAGAGGUUCAUCCAACAGUUGCAGGCCACUGAUGGGGACUUCUGGAUCGGGCUGCACAGAAGCCCACGCCACUGGGUGACUACCAUAGGAUGCCCUUCGCAGUACUACUGGCUGGAUGGCAGCAAGGCCAGAUUCAGAAACUGGCAUUGGGACGAGCCAUCGUGUGGCAACGAGAUGUGUGUGGUGCUGUACCACCAGCCUUCUGCCCCCCCUGAUGAGGGGGGGCGCUUAAUGUUCCAGUGGAACGAUGACAACUGCAACACCAGGAACAAUUUUGUCUGCAAGUACUCCGAAGAAAAGUUACCAGUGUUUACUGUGGUGUGGAAUUCAUUAUACACAGUUGCCCCAAUUAUAUCUUUAAUACCAAUCCUCCCAUCAGCUAAAGUGAGUGAUGAGAAGACAAAACUAGGACUGUCUGAAUCAUCAGUAUCUCUUUCAGAUAAUGUCCUGUAUGUCUCCUACAUUCUAUUUGCUACCAUCCCUAUUCUACUGCUGCUGCUUGUGGCUACAGGAGUCUUCUGCUAUAAACGGGCUGCCAAAAGGAGAAAGUCUCCAACAGACAGCUACCCUAAGCAAGAGCAAUGGGGUACAAUGUCCACUGCGGCCUGCAACAUCCAAGGACCCUAUGCCUACCAGGACAUCACCAAGCUUCAACCAGCCGAACUGGAGAGCAUGGCACCUGAAUCAAUCAAGAAGAUGUCCUUCUGUGCCUCCUCUUUUGAUUCCCAGUGUGAUGAUUACGAGAAUGUUUCAAACAUGGAGACAGUGACAGAGAGUGGCUUUGUGACCAACGAUAUCUACGAGGACUGGCAAAACCAGGGUCGGCACUAUCUCAACGAGACUGGAUGGGUGGAGAAUGAGAUCUAUGAGUAAUGUUGCGGCCCUGCAGUGCCUCUCUCUUUACCACAUGUCCACUGGGCCAUCUGGGCAUCUGACUCUUUUUGUCUCCAUUCAUCUUUCAUAUCUCCUGCUGGUGGGUUGUAUGGCACCAUGUGAUGCGAGACAGGAUGGACAGAUCCUGUGUGGUAUUAUAUAGUGUUCGCUUUAGGGUACGCCCACUAACCGUACAAAGAGGCCUAUGGUGUCACCCCCAUUUGAGGUUUCCUGUGUGGAAGUUGAUGUCAGGGAACAAGACAAUAUCUUCGGAAAUUCGGAUAACAGAAGUCUGACCCCACGAAACCUCUGAGCAAUGGCUGCCUGCGAGAGAUGAUCCUACCAGUGAUGUUUAACAAAGCCUCCACUGCUAUGACUCCAGUUUGAGCUGGCUGGAUAAAGUCAUAAUGUGCCUUUUCAUGGCUACACCAAAGUCCUGGUUGAAUAACAGAGUGUAGCAUUUGUUUAUUUGCCUAUUCCUGUGUCUUCAUCUUAAAAUCUUGUAUUUAUCACAAUGUCGUGAGAAAAAUCAAGAAAAUACAUGUUUUGCGUACAUGGUAGAUUCAUGUGGGCCUGACUAGAGUGUUGUGAAAAAGUAGUCUUAACGAGCUAAAGCUGAGUGUUCUUGGAGGAUGUCGGACAGGAAAUACCAAAAGCACAUCUGGAACUCGCACAUACAGGAAAUCUAGCAGUGACAGCAGAUGCUUUUGGGGUGCUGCGCUCAACAGUUUUCCAUGUAAGGCUGUCACGAUAGGUUAAUUAACAAAACAUGUACUUGCUGGACCUGUAGGCCUAUAUGAGUGAUAUUUCAAAUAUUGCGCACCGCUCUGGCUACAAAUAAAUGUUUUGUUUUAAGUUUUUUU